AUGGCAAGAAAGAAGGCGAAGCUUGCAUGGAUAGUGAAUAACAGUGCCAGAAGAGCCAGCCUCAGGAAAAGGAGGUUAGGCCUGUUGAAGAAAGUGAGUGAGCUGACCACUCUAUGCGGUGUCGAUGCUUGUGUCCUCAUCUAUUGCCCGGACGAAACCGAGCCAGUGGUGUGGCCGUCACACGACGUGAUGCAACAACUGCUUGCACGGUUCCAAAGCAUGCCCGAGUUGGAGCGGCAAAGGAAAAUGAUGAACCAAGAUACCUACCUCAGAGAAAAUGGUACAAAGACGCAAGAACAACUGACGAAGUGCCAAAGGAGGAACAAGGAAGUCGAGAUGACCCAUCUCAUGCAUCAAAUCAAUCAAGGCAAGGAGCUUGAUGAACUUAACCUCAGUGAACUGCAUGGGCUGAUUUGGUUUGUGGAAGAGAAGAUCAAGGACAUUAGAAAGCGGAUUGAGUUUUUCCAACUAGUUCCUUUUGCACCUGCAGGCUUCCCUCAUCAUCCACAUCUUCCUCUUCCUCCCCAAGGCCCUCCAAUAAAUGAAACGGCCCAAAUUGGCAGUGGCAGCGCGGGCCAUGGUGGGAGCGGAAGGACUCCAACCGAACCCUCGCUGUGGGACCCAUGGUUCAUCGAUAUGAUGAACCACAAUGAACACCAAUCUGCUGGCAGCAGUAGCAUAAGGAGUGAUGUGGGCUUUCCAUAUCACCCGUUUGCUGGCAGUGCUGCAGAUGAUCCGGGGCUGCCAGGACACUCAUUUGCUGGCAGCUUCAGUGGUGCAGCUGACACGGGGCUGCCUCCUAUGAGUUUCGGACAACAGGGUGCAGGUGUAAGUGACAUGGGGCUGUCUCGAGCGAGUAGCAUCGGAGGCAGCAGUUUUGGCCCUUUUGGGGGUGAUAUAGGGCUGGGACUGCACCCUUUUGGUGGAGACGUAAGAAGAAGCUCUGCCGUAAGUGAGUUAGGGCUGCCGCGUUUCCAGUAUUUUGGAGGCAGCAGCAGUGGUGCUGGCAGCGAUAUCGGACUGCCAUUUGAUGGGAAAACCUGGCCAAGCAACUUCUCUCCCUGA